AUGUCGGCCCCCAUCCGCAGCUUUGAAUAUCUUUGGGCCCCUGGAAUCAGGGAGCAGUCAUUGGCUGCCAUAGUCGGCAACGAGCCAUCGGCGGCUGUGGACAACACCCCAGUCCCCUUGCUUCCUCGCGGCUUCUUUCGAGUCCAUAACGGGGAGGAGCCUGGCGUUCCAAAACCUCCUCAUGCCAUCACCGUCUACUCAGUCCUGUCUCCCACCAACGAAUUGAUCACCAAGGGUGGGCGGGUAUUGGACUAUGAGUGGCUUGAGCGCCUUACCCGACAGUGGCGCCCGAACGACCACCCUCUAGAUGAUGGAUCUUGCUACGUUCCAGCGAGCGAGCCAAGGGAGCUUGGAUCGCCAUCCACAUCCCUGUUCCAAGCAGACCAGAAUCCUGCUCCUCCACUCGGCGAAGAUCAACCCACCCACCACCCCGACACCGCCAUUACUACCCUCUCGGAACCGGGACAGAAGCUGUCCUGGCCUCCUCCCACCCCUGGCCACACUCAAGAUCAGAGCAGCCCCAACGAGACAACAAAUGAGAGCAUCAAUCAGCAGGUCACCCGAAUCCAGGACGAGGACAGCAGCCGGGUCUUCCCAACCCCCCCAACCAGAGCGAACGAUUGGCGGAGCGUUUGUCUUGUCUAG